AUGGAGAAGCCGAGCGCCGAGUCUGCCGCCUCUGCGCUUUCCUGCUGGACGUUUUCUCUCGACUCCACCGCCUCGACAGCGCGCUCGCGCGGCAACAUGCCUCCGCCUAUCUCGCUGCCUUCGCCGCCGGGGUUCUCCUUCACCGAGUCUGCUGCAGCCAGUUCGGGGCCCACUGUCUCGUCGCGGGGACUCCCGGCUGCUUCCCGAGUUGAGGCUGCACGGCGUCAGCAUCUGCUGGCGAAGAAGGGGUGGGAAAUCGCGAUUUCGCCUGCAAAGAACCUGGCCAUGAACUUCUUCAUGAUCUACAUGGGCGGCGUGAACUCGAGCGGAAUCUUCGGCAUCCUCAUUCUGUUCUACGUCCUGCACAGCUGCUUCUCCUCUGCUCUCAACGUCAACCGCGUCUUUGCCGGACUCGAACAGGAUCGAGAGGCUCUCGGUGCGUGUGCCUCGUCCGUCUCUUCUGUUUCUGCCUCUUCGGGCCGCAGUCGGGACCUCGCGCAAGACGCCAACUGGAGUCUACGCGCCGUCUUCUUCUUGCAGAAAACAGUUUACCUCCUCAUCAGUCUCGGCGGGUGUCUCUAUGUGUUAAACCACUGCAUGAAGGCAGGCUUGCUGCCACUCAACAGCGGAGACUUCAUCGCCCUGAUUCCAGAAAAACGCUUCUCUGUCGUCGCCAUGGGGGGGCUGUAA